CCGCUUCUACUAUGGCGACCGUUGCUUCGGUUUCCCUCCUUUCGGAGGCCGAGUUCGGUUGCGAACACCUAGCAUCUCAGCUCAUGCACGAUAGCGCCGCUAGCAACCAGUUCAAGGCAUCCUUCAUCAAGACGCACAAUGCUCUCGGACGGCGCGAUAUAUUCAAUUCAAAUCCGUCAAGUUAUUUGAAGCCGAAGUAUACAUGUUUAACCUGCUCUGAGCCGUGUAUGAAUGGCGACCGGAAGUCACACACAGAAAACACUGGUCAUCAAUUCUACAUGGAGUCGAGAAACCGAGCUUUGUUUUGCCAGGGCUGCGAAGAUUUGGUGUACGAUCACGGCCUAGAACGAUGCAGAUCAGCAACCCCAGAGAGCACAUUAAAAGUCGCAAGGAAACGGCGUUUUAGCGAGAGCUCGGCCGACGAACUUUACGUCAAGAGCAACGCUAACCGGCGGCCGUGUGCGAAGCAAGGCGUUAGAGGCUUGUUCAAUCUCGGGCAGACAUGCUACCUGAACGUCAUUCUGCAGACGCUAUUGCAUGAUCCGAUCCUCAGUACCUACUUUCUCGGUAAUGGUCACCAACCGCAUGAUUGCACGGUUGCGGAUUGCAUUGGAUGCGCUGUUGCUGAAGCUUUUGCCGAUUUCCACAGCAUCGACAAGCCGGAGGGCUUCGCGGCGCUCAACCUGCUUCUGGCCUCCUGGCGUGCAAGCCCAACCUUGGCUGGUUAUCAACAGCAGGAUGCGCAUGAGUACUACCAGUUCCUCGUCGACAAGCUGCAUACCAGCGCGGAGGGGAACCGGGAAAACCAUGAAAAAGGCUGCAGUUGUUUCUUUCACCGAACGUUUUACGGCAAGCUUCGAAGCAGUGUGACGUGCGAUCGUUGUGGUAAUGUCACAAAAACGGAAGAUCCAAUUGUCGAUUUGAGUCUCGACGUACAGGUUCAGGCGAAGAAACGAGCCAUGGGCGGCGGUACCGGCCCCUCCGCAACACCCACACUCAGCGGGUGCUUGGAGAGCUUUACCUCGCCGGAGAAGCUUAUGGCCGAUGUAUACAACUGCAGCGGCUGUGGCAACACCCCCCAGAAGGCAACAAAGCAGCUCCGGAUCAAGAAACUCCCGGCGAUUCUGUGUAUGCAGCUUAAGAAGCAGCGCUUUGAACACACCUUUUCCGUCUCAGAAAAAGUUGAAGGCCGUAUUGACUUCCCCUUAUCAAUCAAUAUGCUUCCAUACACUACGAACCCCGACUCUGCCGUUGACAAAUCACGGUACACGUAUGACCUGUCUUCAGCUGUUGUACAUAAGGGCAAACUCGAGGCGGGGCAUUACUACGUCUACUGUCGCCAGGGUGAUGAGUGGAUGCUCUUCAACGACGAUCAAGUUACCCCUGUCACUGAGGCGGAAGUCCUCGGUGUUGACGCUUAUCUUCUAUUCUAUAAUCUUCGCUGCCUGGCCAAUGCUGCGUCGUAGCCCAGCCAGCGACCAUUAUUUCCAUCCUGCCAGAAUGAUGUCAUCAUGUUUUUUUGCUUUAGCGCUUGAGGUUGAGACUACCGUUCUAUUGGUGUUACGGCGGUGCUUCAUUUUAUAUCUUCUAUUCCUGUUCGUUCCAUGUUUCUGUCGCUAGUU